UAAUAUGGUUUUAUUGCUGAGCGAAGCAGGAAACAACAUUAUGAGAAAAAAUGAGUUUUACCGUGCGAGACGCGCUGGUCAGAAACCUGGAAGAAUUAGGUGAAAGAAACUUUAAAAGAUUCCGGACCAAACUAAAUGAGUUUCCAGUGGAAGAACCGUACAGGAGCAUUCCGAAGGCACGUCUGGAGAAGGCGGACGAAGACGAUGUUGCAGAUCUCAUUCUUGCAGCUUAUUCCAAUCCCUACGGGGUAACGGUGACCCUCGAGGUGCUGCGGCAAAUCGACCAAAAUCAAAUAGCAGAAAAAUUAGAACAAGACUUGGAGAAAGCCAGCAAUUACAAGAAGCCAAGUAACGGAGACAAACCUGCUGGUAUGAUGGGCACACAGCCGGCAGACACUGCUGCAGAGCACUUCGUGGACAGACACAGGGCAGAGCUGAUCAGCAGGAGGGGUCUGGUGGAUCCUGUACUUGAUGCUCUCCUGUCCAGGAAGCUUCAUACAGAUGAACAUUAUUCCAUUGUCCGCAGUAAGACCACCUCUCAGGAGAAGAUGAGGGAGCUCUAUGAAUUUUCCAGAUCUUGGGGUGUUGGUGACAAGGAUACUUUCUACCAGAUACUACGGAAACACAACAAACCGCUCAUCAUUGACCUGGAUCGCUCUGGCAGCUGCUAGAUUGUAAGCCUUUCUGGCAAGGUCCUGUGUAUCUUUACCCAACACCAAUCACUUGGUCACAGUUUGAA